CAGUUGAUCGUCAAGUGUCAAGUGUCAAGUCGGAAAAAUGGCGGAUGAAGUGCAGCUUGCCCAAAAUGCACAAGCCGGUGGCGAUACAAUUUUUGGAAAAAUAUUGAGAAAGGAAAUCCCUUGUAACUUUAUUUACGAGGACAAUUUGUGUGUAGCUUUCGACGACAUAAACCCUCAAGCCCCGGUACAUUUCCUGGUCAUUCCACGCAAGUUUAUUCCGCAGCUGUCAAAAGCUGAAGAUACUGAUGCAGCACUUCUCGGUCACCUUCUGAUUGUGGCUCGAAAGAUUGCCCAGAAAAGAAACCUAAAGAAUGGUUUUAGAAUUGUGAUUAACGAUGGCCCCAUUGGAGCACAAUCGGUAUAUCAUCUACACAUUCAUGUGUUGUCUGGAAGACAACUGCAAUGGCCACCUGGCUAAAGUGAUAUGUUAGUUUUGUAAAUCAGUUUUGUAUCAGUUUUUUAGUGCAUCCACACUUACCUAAUUCGUUUGUUGCAACCUUCAUAAACUUGACUAGUUUACUCUGUAAUUGCUUUUAUUAAAGGAAAUAAAAGGGUGUUCAAUUAAAGGAA